ACCCGCGCGGCCGCGGCCGGCGCUCCAAUUUCCCGGGCCGGGAGCGCGGGGCUCGCCGGGAAGGUGCCGGGACGGUUACCCACCAGGCCCGCGGCGGUCGCGGGUGGGCUUCGACAUGCAGACCACGGACCUGGGCAACAAGGAGAGCGGCAAGAUAUGGCAUCGCAAGCCUUCCCCGGCCACUCGGGACGGAAUUAUAGUGAACAUCAUUCACAACACUUCUGAAUACCAUCCAAAAGUUUUGCGAUUUUUGAAUGUGGCUUUUGAUGGUUCAGGAGAUUGCUUAAUUGCUGGGGACCAUCAGGGAAAUAUCUAUGUUUUUGACUUGUGUGGAAACAGGUUUAAUCUUGUUCAACGAACAGCACAAGCUUGCACAGCUCUGGCCUUUAAUCUUCGUAGGAAGUCUGAAUUCCUUGUGGCAUUAGCUGAUUAUUCUAUUAAAUGUUUUGAUGCAGUCACCAAGGAGCUAGUUAGCUGGAUGAGAGGACAUGAGUCAUCAGUAUUUUCAAUCUCUGUGCAUGCAUCAGGGAAAUAUGCCAUCACUACUUCUUCUGACACAGCACAACUAUGGGAUUUGGAUACCUUUCAGAGAAAAAGAAAGCUGAAUAUUCGCCAGUCUGUGGGUAUACAGAAGGUUUUCUUUCUACCUUUGAGUAAUACCAUCCUGAGCUGUUUUAAGGAUAAUUCCAUCUUUGCCUGGGAAUGUGAUACUCUUUUUUGCAAAUAUCAAUUGCCGGCUCCACCUGAAAGCUCUAGUAUAUUAUACAGAGUGUUUGCUGUAACCAGAGAUGGCCGGAUCCUGGCUGCUGGAGGCAAAUCAAAUCAUCUUCAUUUGUGGUGCUUGGAAGCUGCACAGCUCUUUAGAAUUAUCCAGAUGCCUACUAAAGUUCGAGCCAUUCGCCAUCUAGAAUUUCUUCCUGAUAGUUUUGAUGCUGGUUCUAAUCAGGUUCUUGGAGUGCUAAGUCAAGAUGGUAUUAUGAGAUUUGUCAAUAUACAGACUUGUAAACUUCUCUUUGAAAUUGGAAGCCUUGAUGAAGGAAUUAGCUCAUCAAUAAUUAGCCCACAUGGGCGGUACAUCGCAUCUAUUAUGGAAAAUGGAAGUUUGAACAUAUAUUCAGUUCAAGCUUUAACCCAGGAAAUAAAUAAGCCACCUCCUCCUUUAGUGAAAGUGAUUGAAGAUUUGCCCAAGAGUAAACUGAGUUCCAGUGAUCUUAAAGUGAAAAUAACGUCAGGAAGAGUACAGCGACCAGCAACAUCCAGGGAAAGCAAGAUGCAAACUAGAAUAUUAAAACAAGACCUGACUGGUAAUUUUGAAAAUAAAGAGAAUGAACUGUCAGAUGGAUUAAACAAAAAGCGUUUACAAAUCUUAUUAAAAGGCUAUGGUGAAUAUCCAACAAAAUACAGAAUGUUCAUUUGGCGCUCUCUGCUGCAACUGCCUGAAAAUCAUACUGCAUUUAGUAGCCUCAUAGAUAAGGGUACUCAUGUGGCAUUUCUCAACCUUCAGAAGAAAUACCCCAUCAAAAGUAGGAAACUACUGAGAGUAUUACAGAGAACCCUAUCAGCGUUAGCUCACUGGUCUGCGAUCUUUAGUGACACACCAUAUCUUCCACUUUUGGCAUUUCCAUUUGUUAAAUUAUUCCAGAACAACCAACUCAUCUGUUUUGAAGUUGUUGCUACUCUUAUAAUCAAUUGGUGUCAACACUGGUUUGAAUAUUUUCCUAAUCCUCCUAUCAAUAUUCUCAGUAUGAUAGAAAAUAUUUUGGCAUUUCAUGACAAAGAACUGCUACAACACUUCAUAGAUCAUGAUAUAACUUCUCAGCUAUAUGCAUGGCCUCUUCUUGAAACUGUGUUCUCAGAAGUGCUGACAAGAGAAGAGUGGCUAAAAUUAUUUGAUAAUGUCUUUUCCAACCAUCCUUCAUUCCUCCUGAUGACUGUUGUAGCCUAUAAUGUAUGUUCUCGAGCUCCUUUGCUCAAUUGUAAGCUUAAAGAUGAUUUUGAGUAUUUUUUUCACCAUCGGAAUAACCUGGAUAUAAAUGUUGUGGUUAGAGAAGUUUAUCAUCUCAUGGAGACCACCCCUACUGAUAUUCAUCCAGACAGCAUGCUUGAUGCUUUUGUUGCACUGACAAAAGGGCAAUAUCCAGUAUUUAAUCAAUAUCCAAAGUUUAUUGUGGACUAUCAGACACAGGAACGAGAAAGAAUAAGGAAUGAUGAAUUGGAUUACUUAAGAGAGAGGCAGACGGUUGAAGAUAUGCAAGCUGAAGUAGACCAGCAAAGAGCUGAAGACGAAGCUUGGCACCAGAAACAAGAACUACUUCGUAAAGCUGAAGAAACAAGAAGAGAAAUACUCUUACAAGAGGAAGAGAAAAUGAUACAACAACGUCAGAGACUAGCUGCUGUGAAAAGAGAAUUGAAAUUAAAGGAAAUACACUUACAAGAUUCUGCAAGAAGGCGAUUUCUGAAGACUCAGCAAGAUCAACGUGAAAUGGAACUAAGAAGACUGGAUGAUGAAAUUGGGAGAAAGGUACAUAUGAGAGAUCAAGAAAUUGCUGCCACAGCCAGAGACCUAGAAAUGAGACAGCUGGAACUCGAAUCACAAAAAAGACUUUAUGAGAAGAAUCUUACUAGAAAUCAAGAAGCUGUUGCAAAAGAAGUGCGAGAAGAUGUAGAUGCCUAUAGACGAAAAAUGGAUCUUGAAGAACACAUGUUUCAUAAACUGAUAGAAACAGAUCAAAAUCAAAGCCAAAAAACUCAGAAGGUGAUUGAAGAAAAUUUGGCAAAAGCUGAACAAGCAUGCCUAAAUGCUGACUGGCAAAUUCAUACUUUACAUAAACAAAAAUGUGAUGAUCUACAACGAAAUGAAUGUUACCAGGAAGUAGCCAAACUCCUUCAGGAAAAUAGAAGGAAAGAGAUAGAGGUGUUAAAUGCAAUGAUGGUGGAGGAAGCUAAGAAGCGGAAGGAAGCUGAAGAAAAAGAGUUCUAUUUGAGGUCAGAAAAGAAAGCUUCUGCUCUUUCAGAUGCAUCUAGAAAGUGGUUUUUACAGCAGGAGAUAAGUGAUGCUUUAGAGCAUGCUGAAAAUCCGUACAAUAAAGUUUCUUUAAAUAGAAGAACAAUGGAAUGGGACGCCAUGGAACAGAAUCUUAUGGAGAAAGUGAGAAAUCUUCGCAAGAGACUCACCGCUCAGGCCCGUAACAGAUGUCAAACCCCUGGUCUCUUGGCUACCUAGAAGGCAUGUCAUCUUGAGAUGGUCAAGAGAGGAAGACCUAUUUUGCAAUCAGUGACACUAAUAUUUUAAAUUCCUACAAAGGUCAGCUUUUGUAUAGAAAAAUGUGUCCAUAAAAAUUAUGUGUUCUAUUUAAUUCCAGUACUUUUUAGCUUGUAAAUAUCUUCUUAUACA